UUCAACACUACUAUAUAACAAAUAAUUUGAGAACAUGGAUUUGUCAAAGAGAAGCAAAGAAUUAAUUUCUGGAGCAAUUGCUGUUCUUUUACUCAUUCUUGCUGUUCUUCUCACACUGCUUCUCGAAGGUGGCAGCUUCUCAACAACCAUGCUACCCUUUGAUCUGGACGAUAGAACCAUAAGUUACCCAGUCCUGCCAGACACAUUCGGUGGUGUUGUUAACGUGGUAGUGAACUCUGUUGUAGCAGUUGGUUUGAUGAUCUUAUGGCUUCUUCUCCAUAAAAAUAAAAUUGGUAGAAAUAAAACAGCUCUAUUUCUCCUUGCGGUAUACCUUGUUCUGAUGGGAGGAAUCCUUGUUAACCUUCUCACGAAUGUCAUUAAGGUCUUUAGAGGUGGUUUGCGUCCUCACUUUAUUGCUGGUUGCGAACCAAAUGCGACCAUUGUGGCUAAUUUGCGGAGUAAAAAUGAAUCUUGGGUAGAUUUGAAAACAACUAAAAUUAUUUGCACACACAAAGGAAAGCCAGACUUCAGGUGGUCAUUUCCUUCAGGACAUUCUUCUACCGCAUUCUUCGGGACUAUCUUGUCCAUCCUGAUAAUCCAGGACUUACCCACCGAUAUUUCAAAUGCGUGGAGUCCACUUUGGUUGACAGUCAAAGUGUCCCUCCAAUUUUGUAUCAUUACUUUUUCAUCCUGGGUUGCUGUCAGUCGCCUUGUUGACUACCAUCAUCACUGGUGGGAUGUAUUGGCGGGAGGUUUAUUGGGCACUGUGUUUGCUGUGGUUCUUUUCAAAUGGUUCCUUGAACCAGUCAUGAAGCACAUAUCUGAAUUUGAAGAUCCUGAAACCUCAGAUCCUAACCACUUGAAGCCACAAUCGUUCAAAGUUGGAUAUCUCUACAAAAGGGAAGGAAAUGAUUACAAAACUAAGCGCCACUUUCGACUGAGCACGAAGGGUGGUCUGAGGAUCUAUAAGAACGAGCAAGACAAAGCGACCUCCCCAAUUGGUGACAUAUGUCUCGACUUUAUGAGAUGUGAGCUGCAAGCAGGUGUUCCAGACAUCACAAACAAAGACCCCCGAUACUUUUUCUGUUUGAAAAGUGACGACCUCUCCGCAAAAGCUUGGUUUUUAGCGGCUGAGUCGGAGUAUGAACGGAAAAAGUGGAUGGUUUCCCUAGGCUGGCACAUUGAUAACCACUGCAAAUCAUCAGUGACUGAUGUGAAUGUACUUGGGACAACAAAAUCUUUGACAAGAACAGCCAAUGCCAUGAUGGGGACGGAGGGAAAUGAAUAUGGAAUGGAACCGUUAAUUAUUAAUAUAGAUCCUAACCACUUGAAGCCACAAUCGUUCAAAGUUGGAUAUCUCUAUAAAAGGGAAGGAAAUGAUUACAAAACUAAGCGCCACUUUCGACUGAGCACGGAGGGUGGUCUGAGGAUCUAUAAGAACGAGCAAGACAAAGCGACCUCCCCAAUUGGUGACAUAUGUCUCGACUUUAUGAGAUGUGAGCUGCAAGCAGGUGUUCCAGACAUCACAAACAAAGAUCCCCGAUACUUUUUCUGUUUGAAAAGUGACGACCUCUCCGCAAAAGCUUGGUUUUUAGCGGCUGAGUCUGAGUAUGAACGGAAAAAGUGGAUGGUUUCCUUAGAUAACCACUGCAAACCAUCAGUGACUGAUGUGAAUGUACAAACGAAAGAAUACCUUGGCUACAAAAAUUCAGACGAACAAGAAAACGAAUGCAACACAUCGUCAUCUAACUCAGAUUAUGACUCUGGUUCGGAUGAUGUUUACCAACCCGGUAUCCAAAGAUCACUGACUCUGAGACUAGUACCACAAAUAGCAGAACCUGACGAUGACAUAUACGGAGAAUUCGAUCCCGGUUUAACGAUAUCUCAAUAUGAGAUGGAAACAGCCUCCGCCAUGAAGGUGAUGUCACUACAUGAACCAAUGAGAGGCUCGCUCGACAGAAAAGCCAGCACAACCCACAACAUCAUCCCUGAUCUUGAGACCAGAAAACCAGUAAACCCUAUCAUCACUGAAGAGGGAGAGGAUGACACUUACAUGGAAGCAGGUGAUGUAGGUGGAUCCUCCGCACUCUCAGUUCAAAUGUCUUUGGGAGGUGAACCAAUAAUGUUUCCACCACAAGCUGUAGAUGAUGACGAUACAUUCAUGGAUGGGUUCUCAUUGAAGAUGUCCAGUAGUGCUCCUCUGGAAGCUCCUGCUCUGCCAGCGAGCAGACCUCCUUCUUUUUUUGAAUCAGAUAAACACUAUCUCCCUCCGAUGGGUUCUCAUUGCGUGUCAGUAGAUAGAGGAGAAUCUGCAUCCACGAUGCCUCUUCACCACAACCCACUAAAAGAUGAAGUGUUCAGUGAUGAGGAAAACCUUUACAUUGAUCACGACGAAUUGGCGUCCUGUACAAUCGAGGAUGAUGAUAUCUAUGCUGCACCUCCAACGCUCAGAGUAGAUGUGCAACAAAACUUUGUCCCACCUUUUCCACUGAGAAUCCCCCAAAAUGUGGCUCCAGCUCCCUUACCACCCCGAAAUUUACCGCCCAGGCGACCUUCUUAGCGGAGACUUGAUCAUGUGAUCAGAUUCAAAUCAGCUAUAUUACAACGACGAUUGCGGCUAUUUAUUGGUAAGCUCUUGGUAAUGGUAUUUUGCUAGAAAAUCGUUGUUGAGGGUUUAUCAGACGGACAAGGUGUUUCAUUACCGAAAUCAAGAUAUGAUCAUCCAUAUAAAUUUGAUCUGGCAGAGAUCAUGGUUGCAUAGUAUAAGUUAUGAUAUACAUUUUAAUUACCAUGGAGGGUCGCAAUUGAAAAAAAAAGUAGUAGAACGCUCGUAUUAUGCUGAUAAUGACUUUUGACUGUUUAAUUUUUGAGGUUUGAUUUCUUGUUCUAUUUGCUUCAAAUUAAGACAACUCGAAUAGGUGCUACAACAAUUUUAGCAAUGUGUAAACUCCGUUAUUUAAAUUUGUGCUAAAAUGGGGCAGCACUGUUGACA